UUUACCAAAAUGCCAUCUCCUCCCUCCUCUCUCACUUGCAUUCCCGCUCUCCAGUUCCCAAAUGCCUUUCACUCUCACUCUCAUUCAAUCUCUCCUCGUCACACCAGUUAUCUGCUUCGCCUUCUUUGCGUUGUCGUUUUGCGAUGGCGUCGCCCCUACUGCCACCACUUUCAUUAACUGCGAUAAAACCUUCAACUGCGGCUCCAUCACCAACGUCACCUUCCCCUUCACCGGGGGAGACCGCCCCGACCACUGUGGACUUCCCGAGUUUAGACUCACCUGCCAGCAGCCCAACAACGUCGCCGAGUUGACUCACAACUCCGUCACUUACCGAGUCCUCCAACUCGAUCAGACCCUCAAAAGAUUGACCCUUUCCCGCUCGGACCUCUACAACAACACCUGCCUAUCCCAUUUCACCAAUUCCACCCUCAAUUCGACCUUCUUCUCCAUCGGCGACCUGGACGACGAUGCUUUGAGUAUAAUCUACCGGUGCAAUUCCUCGGCUAUGUCUAUUAAGCCCCAGAAUUUAUUCAGUUGUAGUAUUCCCGGAGUGAACUUUACGGAUGCUUAUUACAUAGUCGGGCCGAUUCCCAGUGACCCCAUUUUGAGAUUCAUUAAUUGCAGCGUCAGUGUUACGGUGCCAAUACUGAGGAGUGCCGGGGCGAGGCUCGUGAGUAAUGAGAUAAGUCUUUCUGAGGCUGUAAUGCAGGUUUUAGCGUAAAUUAUAGCGACCUGUGUGAGAAUAAUUGCUCCGAGUGUACCCGGGUCGGUGGGCAAUGCGGGUUUGAUUCGGAUUUGGGUCAGCCCGUCUGCGUUUGUGGGGGAUAGGUUCUGUGCAUUGGCACCUCCACCUCUUUCGGAAGGUAGUCAAUAUGCUUCUGCAGCAUUACAAGGUAGUAGUUUUGGUAAAUUAUUUGACUGCCUGGUUCCAAGACUCGGUUUUUGAAUGUGUAGAAAUUUAGAAACGGUAAGCUUAUUGGCGUUAGCUGACACUUGA